AAAUUAUGUACUCGAACUAGGACAAUGAAAGUAAAAUUAACUGUUUUUGGAUGGUCAUGGAGAAAGUGUAAUUCAAAUUGGAACGUGGAAUUAUUUUUUAAAAAAAAUUGAUAAAAUAUAAAGAAAAACAAAUUUAAAAUCAAACAGCUAUAGGAAAACAUCCUUAUUCUCUAGACCAGAUCAAUUCAGUGACAAAAUUUCAGGUUUCUUUCAUUUAUUUUAUAACGCUGUACCAUUUCAAACCUUCUGUGAUACAGCCUGUUAAGUGCUAUGGCACAUAUUGAUUUUGAAGAAUAUCGUGCUCCUUGGGAAACUGGACCUCACUGGGAGUUGAAAAGAGAGUUUAUGGAAAAAUACCAGAAUGAUUAUUCAUUAGAUAGAUUACUAUGCUUAGCUCAGGCCUAUUCUAACAUAGAAUUAUUACAUUGCAGUUAUCCAGAACCUGUCAUGCGUGAAGUUUACCAGUUAUCAUGCCAGUUAAAAGGAUGUAAAAGAUUUCGAGAAGCAGAGGCAGAUUUGGAAAGAAGAAGAAAGGAAAAAUUAGAAAUGCAGCCAAAGAAAGUUGGUAAGAGAACUUUGUCUGAUGAAAUCUCUGUCAAGCCCUAUAAAUUCAUCAAGUUUUGUUCUCCUAAUGAAGUUACUGAUGUGUCAAAAUUAAGUAAUGAUUAUGAUAAAACUUCAAAUGAAAAUAUUAAUUGUGACACUAGAGCUUCAAAUGAUUCUAGAACAUCAGCGGAUCCAAAAGACUCUAAUAAGAACACUGUUUCUGUUAAUACUGAUAGUAAUGGUACUGCUUUACUAAAGGAUAAUAGCAAUGCUAUUUUUUUAAUAUCGCAUUCUCCUGAUUUUGGUUUGAUACAAAAGAUUGCUACUGCAAUACCAAAAAAGUCUAAAAGUCCUCUUGAAAGUAUGGAAUCAGCAAUUGAAGUAUCUGGCCUAGAAAAUGCUGUUAAAUAUGUGUUUUUGCAAGAUGAUUCAGUGAUUUGCUGUCAGUUUUAUAUUGGAAAUACUUUAGUUGCUACUGGAAGAGAUACUACUGAAAAAUAUGCUAAAGAAAAGGCAGUGCAUUAUGGUGUAGAAAUAUUAAUCAAUUUGUCACAUUUACCAUGUAAAACUCUUGAGGAUCUAAAGGAAGAAUUACAAAAUUGGAUAAAAGCCACAAACUCUAUGUUACUCUGGUCUGAAAUAUCUUUAGAUUUGAAAUCAAAAUCAAAACAAUUAAUGUCUCAGCUAUUAGAGAUGGAGAAAAAUCCAAUGUAUGCUGAUUUGCAUUUUAUAUUGGAAAUUGUUCAGAAACUUUUUUAUGUUAAAUUCAGGACAGAAAUGUGCAAACAAAAAACAAAAGUACCUGCUUCUCGAAUGAUUCAGGAGGCUGCUGCUAAAUUAAAAUGUGACUUGGAUGUAUAUUUCUUUCAUUUUGGUGAGGAUCCUGAUUCACUUUUGAAUCAGCGUGCUUUUUAUUGUGAUUUUGUUAUUAAAAAUAUAUUUAUCUGCCAGUCCAAAUCAUCUAGUAAAAAGAAAGCUAAGAAUGAUGCUUCUGAAAAAGGUCUUAAUCUUUUAACAAAUUUUAUUGAAAAUUGUAUAUUUCAAAAACAACAAAAUGAUCAAACUCAAGUGAAAUCAUUAAAAAGAAAUUUUGAAUCUUCAAACGGUUUUGUAACAGAUAUGAAUACUGAUGAAACUAUAAAUUAUUAUUUUUCAAAAGGGAAUAGUAGCUCAAGAGAUAAAGAAUAUUUAUCAAAUAAUAAAAAAAGUGAGUCAAAGAAACUAUUUCAUAAAAAGCCAAAAACUGAAAAUUAUUUAAAAUCUCUUGUUGCUGAAAAUUUAUCUUCUGUACCAAGCAGUGAAUGGAAUCAUCAGGAUAAUAGUGGUUCAAAAAGUAAACUUAAAUCAUUUAGAAUAAAUCACAGGCUACUGACUAAUUCUAGAAAUCAACAGCUAAUUGUCUUUGAUUUAGGUGAAAAUAGCUAUAAAAAUUCUGCCGGUCAUAUUUUAUUUAUUACUGCAAACAAGUGUAAAAAGAUAGUAAGACAUGAAGUUGAAGAAAUUCCAGUGGAUGGAUCAGGAAAUUCUGCCAAAAUGUUCAGGUAUUCCAUUACUUUGGAAGGAGAAGAAAUUGGAAAAGCACUGGCUUUAGCAGAAAAAGAAGCAAAAGCAGCUGCUAUUGAAAAUGCCGUACAGUUUUUGCAAAACCAUUUUUACACAAUUAAAAUGAAAAAUGAAAUCGAAAAAAGUUUCAUUAUUAGUCGGAGUCACAUCUUAAAUGCUGAGAAUCCUUCAAGUGUUCUAUCUGAAAGUAAUAUAGGCUGUAAGAUGUUGAAAUCAAUGGGAUGGACUGGUGGUGGUAUCGGAAAAACUAGUGGCAUAAUAGAACCAAUUGUAGCAACUGACCAUAAGUUUGGUCAUGGUCUAGGCUUUUCCGAAAACAAGGCGCAAGAGAAAAGUUUUAAGCAAAAAAUAGAAGCUUUAUUGAAAGAUUUCAGCCAAUCCAAUACAACCAGUGACCUGAUUUUUUCUACUGAAUUCAAUAAAGAAGAAAGAAAAGAAAUACAUAAGUUAGCUACACGAUAUAAUCUUAUAAAUAACAGCCGUGGAAAAGGUGAGCAAAGACAACUUUUUAUAGGAAAGAAAUUUUCACCAAUGGAGUUACUGGAACGAUUAAUUGAAGCUGGAGGAUCAACACCCAAAUAUGAAUUAGAAGACAGAUCAGUUUCAGGCAAUACAUCAGUUUCACUAAAUGAUUCUUUAAUGAUUCAGUGAUAAGGAUAAAAGAGCAAGUGAUUAUUUAUAAUUAACAGCCAUGCAAUAUUGAAUUGAAAGGAGAUAUUAUUCUUGUAAAUUUUCAUUGAACACCUUUGAAUAGAAGUUCUGUUCCAAUGUAAAUAAACCAUAUGAAUGUUUUAUUGGUGAAUAAAAAUUUG